AUGCAGGAGAAGUGUCGAUAAGGGGUCAGGUAACAGCGACAAACAACGAAAGGCAGAGACGGUGCAGCGGGGGAGCCCAUCGACCGGCCUCCGGACACCGGCUCGAGGCCAGCUGGGAAAUGUUCCGAGCGCUGGCCAGGGCCAGUGCGACCCUGGGGCCCCAGGUGGCCGGUUGGGCACGGACCAUGGCCACCCGCCAGCUGCUGGUGGCCCCUCCGGAGGCCCUGCUCAGGCCCCUGUUCAUCCCUAACCGGCUGCUGCUGGGGCCGGGCCCUUCUAACCUGGCUCCUCGAGUCCUGGUGGCCGGGGGGCAGCAGAUGAUUGGGCACAUGCACAAAGAGAUGUUCCAGGUAGGCCACGUAGGUGGUGGCAGUGGGUGUCCUGAGUGUCCUCCUCAGGGGGGAGAGGGCAGAAGCGUAGGGUCUGACCUGCGUGCCCUCGGCCCCCAGAUAAUGGACGAUAUCAAGCAAGGCAUCCAGUACGUGUUCCAGACCAAGAACCCCCUCACCCUGGCCAUCAGUGGCUCGGGGCACUGCGCCCUGGAGGCCGCCCUGUUCAACAUCUUGGAGCCAGGGGACCCCUUCCUGGUCGGGGUCAAUGGCAUCUGGGGGCAGCGGGCUGCGGACAUCGGGGAGCGCAUCGGAGCCCGAGUGCACCCAAUGAUCAAGGACCCUGGAAACCACUACACUCUGCAAGAGUUGGAAGAGGCCCUGGCCCAGCACAAGCCGGUGCUGCUGUUCCUGACCCAGGGGGAGUCCUCCAGUGGCGUUCUGCAGCCCCUCGACGGCUACGGGGAGCUCUGCCACAGGUACAACUGCCUGCUCCUGGUGGACUCGGUGGCAUCCCUGUGCGGGACCCCCAUCUACAUGGACCAGCAAGGCAUUGACGUUUUGUACUCUGGCUCCCAGAAGGUCCUGAACUCGCCUCCAGGGACCUCGCUCAUCUCCUUCAGUGACAAGGCCAAAAAUAAGAUUUACACUCGGAAGACGAAGCCCGUCUCCUUCUACCUGGACAUGAAGUGGCUGGCCAACAUCUGGGGCUGUGACGGCAAGCCCAGGAUAUACCAUCACACGACCCCUGUCGUCAGCCUGUACAGCCUGAGAGAGAGUCUGGCCCUCAUAGCGGAACAGGGCCUGGAGAAUAGCUGGCGGCAGCACCGGGAGGUCACGGCAUACUUGCAUGGGCGCCUGCAGGGGCUAGGCCUGCAGCUCUUCGUGAAGGAUCCAGCACUCCGGCUGCCCACUGUCACCUCGGUGGCCGUGCCCGCUGGCUACGACUGGAGGGACAUCGUCAACUAUGUCAUGGACCAUUUUGACAUCGAGAUCACCGGCGGCCUUGGGCCCUCGAUGGGGAAGGUGCUUCGCAUCGGCCUGCUGGGCUGCAACGCCACCCGGGAGAACGUGGACCGAGUGAUCCAGGCCCUACAGGAGGCUCUGCAGCGCUGCUCCCGAAACAAGCUGUGACCUGGCUGCCCGUGUCCCGCCCUCCCGGAGGGGCCGGCCGGAGGCACCAGGAGCAAACAGACUCUGCAGUCGGUCAGGGCCCCUGGGGGGCAGGAAGGCUGCCGUCCCGGCCCCAGGAAGUCCUUCUCCUUUUGAGUG